CAGGGCUUUACAGAAAUAACUUUGUUUGUUCAGACAGGAAAGGAUGUCCUUCUGGAAAUCAUGGAUCCUGAUGCUGUGAAGAAUUAUAAUUUAUUUGUAUGGAGAGUGAAGAAAACGGACAAUGAUCCUGAGCCUAAGUUUUUGGUAACAUUUUCACCUGUUGAUGGACCAGAUGUCCCUGAAAACUACACUGAGAUUGUAUUUCCUCAGGCUAAUUUUUCUGUGAUAUUGAAGAACCUUCAGAAGGCAAACAGUGGACUGUACGAUGCACAACUUUCCACAUCUAAACAAGAAAUACUGGUUGCAUACAACAUCACAGUUCUAGAUCCUGUGUCUCCAGUUAAAGUGAAGGUGGACCCUGUGUCCUCCAGUCCAGACUCCUGUAACGUCACUGUGAGCUGCACCACAGACGACUACACCAUCAGCAGCACUUGGACCUGCACCAACCAAACCUGCUCCAACCAAGGACACAACUCAGAGAUCACACCAUUGGGAGCCUCUCUUCAUAUCUACCUGUCGGAUGACUCUGUAACCAUCAUCUGUAACCAUAGCAACCAGGUUGACUGGAUCACAGCGUCGGCACAUAUCAGCCCAUUAUGUCCGACAAGUCCAGUGGAAGUUCACAGUCACACUAACAACUCGCUGAUCAUUGUUCUCAUCACUGUAGCGGUUCUACUGAUAGCCAUAACAGCUGGUAUGUUUUUUUUGUAUCGGAAGAAAAGAAGAGGUAAGUACUAGUGUGCGCUUCAUCAUGGAAUAGUACUGUCAUGUGUAUGAAAUCCUUUAGUAUUUAGCUUGAAAAUUCCUCAUCCUAGCAGAGCUCAUCAUCACCUAUCACCCCCUCAAAUCCCUCUCGUAUGACAACAAUAAUUAUUCAGCAAAUCCCUUAUAGCAGUAGUUCUCAAACUUUUUACACCAUGUAACACCACAGACCAUGUUUCCUCUGCAAGUGCUGUUAUCAUGACAGGUGUUGAAAUGCAUUCACACA